AAUCCCGGCCCUGCGCCAGGGCUGGAUUUCCCGGCUGCUCCAGCAGGGACGGAUCCCGCGGCGCUGCGGGGACACCGGAGGGGACUCGGGGGAAGGAUCCUCCAGGCGCCGUGUCCGCCGCACGCCGGGUCCCGGUCCCGGUCCUGCUCCCGGUGCCGGUGCCGCCGCCCCCGCCGCGGCCAUGGAGGAGCGCAGGAAGAAGCGGAGCCCGCAGAGCUGCCUGGCCCAGCCGCCGCCCGCCGGGGCCCCGCGGCCGCUGCCCCCGAGCAAGAGCGCGUCCUUCGCGCUGCCGCUGCCCGCGCUGCCCUCGCCCCGGCAGCGGCCGCGGCCCCGCCGGGCCAGCAAGGAGCGGGCGCGGGCGGGCACGGGGGGCUCCCGGGGGGCGCCGCUGCAGCACAGCUUCCUCACGGAUGUGUCCGACGUGUGCGAGAUGGAGCGGGGGCUGCUCAGCCUCCUCGGCGACUUCCACUCGGGAAAGCUGCAGGCGUUCGGGAAGGAGUGCUCCUUCGAGCAGCUGGAGCACGUACGGGAGAUGCAGGAGAAGCUGGCGCGGCUGCACUUCGGGCUGGACGUGUGCGUGGAGGAGCUCCCCGAGGAGCAGAAGAAGGCGGCGGCCGACAGGAACCUGGACCAGCUGCUGGCACAUCUGGAAGAGCUCAGCAGCUCCAUACAGAAGCUGCACCUGGCCGAGAGCUCGGACCCCGAGGACGCGGGGCCCUGACCCCGGCCCUGUCCCCGUCCCCGCCACCCCCGGGACCCCCGCGCGGGC